AUGGACUCGUCUGCAGCAGAAGACAUGCCUUCGCCGGCCAUGGCCAAGGGCAAGCGGAAGCGAGACAAGGCGGAGCAGGUUGAGAAGAAGACUUCAAAGCGGCACCGAUCAAAGUCCAAGCUCCGAACCAGCGAUGCUGAAGCUGCGCUUUCGGUCAAAGCUGAGAGCGAUGGCACCGGAAUGGCCCUGGUGAAGACAGAGGUUGAGGAAGAAAACGACAUGGAGGAGUCGGCCCUUGUACCUACGACAACUUUGGCGGCAACAUGGAAGAUAUCGGAGCCUAUGGGCGGUCAUCUGGCUGAUGUAGAGCCCAUUUUCAGCCGGGAUGAGAAAUACAUCAUCCUCGCAUACGAAACCUCGAUCCAGGUCUACUCCACCGAAGAUUCACUCCUCGUCCGGAGGAUACCGAUAGGAAAACCGGUACAAAAGCGCAGCAAAUCUCACUCCAAGUCCAGCAGCGCUCCACGAGUCUUGGCUGCUGUUCCCUCGUCGAUCGAGGCCCAGGUGGUAUGGGUAGCCGACGACUGGCAGGUUAUUUGGAAAGUCAAUUGGGAGACGGGUGAAGCAGCGAUUCACACCAAAUCUGGCUUCAAGGUGUCGGCGAUCCAGGCUAUCAACCCAGCUGGUACCAAAGGCCAGGAACUUCUUCUCACGUCCGAGAACUCUGCCAAGGGAACUUCGCAGCUUGUGGCCUAUGCCACUGCCUCGGGACGAGCUGAUCGUUACGAGUUGAACAGCUGCCCUGGCGACAUUCACAUGCUCAGGUCCACAGCUGACGGAUGCACUGUUGUCGGUGCUAUGGACGCCAGAUUGCUGAUUGCGAAGCUAAGAAUGGACAAGGACUCGACCAAUGCACUUGUUGUGUCAAGCGAAACUUACGUCCUCGAAGCCCCCGAUGAUGUGUAUUCUCUUGACAUAAGACUGGCUGCGAGGAAGACGACUUCCACCCCCAAAAAGUCAAAGUCAAAGCAAAAUUCUGGCAUAGCUGAGGCUGGCUUGGUUUUAGACGUCGUCGUCGGAACUGUGAGAGGUUCGAUAUACGUGUAUAGCGACGUUAUUUCUCCCCUUCAAAAGUCUGGCUCCAUCGAGCGGAUCCAGCCCAGGCAAUAUCAUUGGCACCCCCGGGCAGUACACAGCGUCAAGUGGUCUCUGGAUGGCGAGUACUUUAUUUCUGGAGGCACUGAGAAUACCUUGGUCCUUUGGCAGGUUGACACAGGAAGGAGAGAGUACCUCCCCCAUUUGUCAGCCUGCGUCAACAACAUUGUCGUUUCACCCCUGGGCUCUUCCUACGCCAUCACCCUUGACGACAAUUCUGCCAUGAUUCUCUCCACAUCUGAAAUGACGCCCACGACGUAUAUCUCAGGUCUCCAGUCUCUAGUCUUGAGUGACAAGAAGAAGAGAGGCAAGGCUGUUCGGCGAGUUUGGAAGCCAGUUAAGCAGAUCACCAGACCACUCACUGCCGCCAUAAACCCCAAGGAACCCACACGACUUUACUUGAGCGUCGGCAAUGGUCAAUCGGCUACCAACACUGAUUAUACCCCGUCAGCUUCGUCAGUGCAAGUAUUUGAUUUCUCAACUUUCCAAAGUUUAUCCAAGCAACCUUUGGCUCGCACAAAUCCCACCGAAACCAACGUUACGCCGAAAGGCUAUCCUGUUACCGAGCCUUGGAUUUCGCACAUGUCCUUCUCGCAUCACGGAGACUGGCUGGCAUCCGUCGAUGAAUGGCAGCCACCAGUCCGCGAUUUGGAACCAAUUGCCGAGGAUAGACACGCAGCUGAGUCACUCAGCCAGGAGAGGAAGGAGAUCCACCUCAAGUUCUGGAAGGUCGCUGCGGAAGGCAGUGGUCAGAUGGAGCUGAUAUCACGAAUUGAUGAGGCGCAUUUCACUACAAAACCUGAGUCGAUCCUGAGCUUGGCGGCCAGCCCGAGGACAUCUUUGUUCAGCACAGUGGGCGCAGAUGGCAAAAUCAGGCUGUGGGGGCCAUUUUCGCAGCAAUCUAGCAAAACGCCUGCGAAUGCUCUAGUGACUAAGGGUCAGGGAGCUCAAGCCGCAAUGGAGACGGUGGAGGGCUGGUCUUGUGUCCAGGAGAUCCCCUUGGCCUCCAACACCAGCAUCACAGAGAUCGAUGUCGACUCUGCUGAUGAGCCCCUGAAUGCUAAGCCAUCAGGUGCCUCGACUUUCUCCGAUGAUGGCUCGACAUUGUUUGUUGCAUAUGGUCUUCCUGACGAAGUGGUGCUGUAUAUCAUUGACGCAUCUUCUGGUCGGAUACGCAACAGAGUGAACCAGCUCUUUGAAGGCGAGGUUCGCAGCCUGCAAAUACUCGGGUCGUGUCUGAUCGUGUUAGCCGGCAGCGUUGUUGUCUACGAUGUUGUCGAGGAUACGAUUCGGUAUAACGUCACAUUUAACGACCCCAACCCAAGUCUGAAGCUGCAGAUGACACAGUUGGCAGUUGACAAAAGGUCAAAGACGUUUGCCCUCGCGGUACCCGUGUUCUACAAGUCAGAAAAGCCCAGCUACAAGAAGGGUGUUGUAUCGGAGGUCGCAGUCUUCACGCUUGAGGACGACCGACCAGUUCUUGUGCAGCCCAUAUCAAACCUCGUCAUCUCUCUACUCCCUGUUCCUGGAUCUGCUGGAUUUGUGGCAGUUGAUUCCGCCGCACACGUUCUCGCGAUCAUCCAAGCAACAGCAAUGAACCCUCUCGCGGCGCCGCUAUCAGAUUUGCAGCUGGACAAAGUGCCAGAUAACAAGGACCAAGACGCAAUGGAAGUGGACGAUGAGGACGAAGACAAUAGCAACAGGAUGAUGUUACAACUCAACGGAAACAGCGACCCCAUGGACGAAGACAACGAUGUGGGCGAGAUGGAAGAUAUGGAGACGCACAACGCAAUAUUGGUACCCGAGAAGCUGACGCAGAUCUUCGAAGGCGCCCCUGCAUUUGCGCUCCCGCCGAUCGAGGAUCUUUUCUACCAAGUAUCGGAGCUUAUCUCACCCAGACCGGUUCCUAGUUCUGCUUGA